AGUAGUACCGGUUAUUUCAGGGAUAACUUUUGGAUGGUAUCCGUGGAAAGGGCGCAAAGGCCUUUGGAACCGUUCAGCGAGUGUGGUAGGAGUUUUCCAGCAGACACAGCUCCAGUCAUGUCUAAGGAUAAGGGCUCUUCCAUCAUCCAAUCCCAGCAGCUCCAUGCUGCCAUGGCAGACACUUUCCUGGAACACAUGUGUUUGCUGGACAUUGACUCUGAGCCCACCCUGUCUCGCAACACUGGCAUUGUCUGCACAAUCGGGCCGGCCUCUAACUCUGUGGAGAAGCUGAAGGAGAUGAUCAAGGCUGGCAUGAAUGUUGCACGUUUGAACUUCUCUCAUGGAACUCACGAGUACCAUGCUACAACCAUCAAGAAUGUGCGUGAAGCCACCGAGAGCUUUGGACCUGGGAGCCUUGACUACAGACCUGUGGCGGUUGCCCUGGACACCAAAGGCCCUGAGAUAAGGACCGGACUCAUCAAGGGCAGUGGCACUGAAGAGGUGAAGUUGAACAAAGGUGACAAAAUCAAGAUAACACUUGAUGACCAAUUCAAGGAUAACUGUGAUGAGAAAACUUUGUGGCUUGAUUACAAGAACAUCAUUAAAGCAGUCCAGGAGGGCAGCAGGGUCUAUGUUGAUGAUGGCCUCAUUUCCCUCAAGGUCCUGGAAAUUGGUGGCGACUAUUUGAACUGUGAGAUUGAGAAUGGUGGUAUGUUGGGCAGUAAGAAGGGUGUGAACCUGCCUGGUGCUAACGUGGACCUGCCUGCUGUGUCUGAGAAGGACAUCCAGGACCUGCAGUUUGGGGUAGAACAGGGCGUGGACAUGGUGUUUGCUUCCUUCAUCCGUAAGGCUUCUGAUGUGCAUGCUGUUAGGAAGGUGCUGGGAGAGAAAGGCAAAGACAUCUUGAUCAUUAGCAAGCUGGAGAACCACGAAGGGGUGCGCAAAUUUGAUGAGAUUCUGGAGGCUAGUGAUGGUAUCAUGGUUGCUCGUGGAGACAUGGGUAUUGAGAUCCCAACAGAGAAGGUGUUCCUGGCUCAGAAGAUGAUGAUUGGCCGCUGCAACAGGAUUGGUAAACCCAUCAUUUGCGCCACUCAGAUGCUGGAGAGCAUGAUUAAGAAACCCCGCCCCACCCGUGCUGAGAGCAGUGAUGUGGCCAAUGCUGUGUUGGAUGGGGCUGACUGCAUCAUGCUGAGUGGAGAGACAGCCAAAGGGGAUUAUCCAGUGGAGGCAGUGCUGACACAGCACAAGAUUGCGCGUGAGGCUGAGGCAGCCAUGUUCCACAGGCAGGUAUUUGAGGAGCUGCGUCGUACCUCCCACCUGACGCGUGACCCCUGUGAGGCUGUAGCCAUUGGAGCCGUGGAGGCCUCCUUCAAGUGCUGUGCCAGUGCAAUUAUCGUCCUCACUAAAUCUGGCAGGUCUGCUCACCUGCUGUCUAGGUACAGGCCCCGUGCCCCGAUCAUAGCUGUGACCCGUAAUGGGCAGACGGCACGUCAGUGCCAUCUGUACCGUGGCAUAGUUCCCAUUCUCUAUAAUAAACCUGCCAAUGAUGUGUGGGCUGAGGACGUGGACCUGCGUGUCUGUUUCGCCAUGGAGAUAGGUAAAGCACGGAAGUUCUUCAAGACUGGUGAUGUAGCGAUGGUGGUCACCGGCUGGCGCCCCGGCUCAGGCUACACCAACACCAUGCGUGUUGUUCUGGUGCCUUGAGCCUUACUGUACUGAACUGUACUGCUCCUCCAGGCCCAUCCCCCAUCCCCCAUCCCCCUUUAUCAUGUAGAUAUAGAUAAAUAUAAAUAUAUUCAAGUUACAAACAAAGGCUUUUUCCAGAGGACAUUAAGACCUGUUAACACUCUGAUUGUAUUUCUCCAUGUGCUUCAAUUCUUUUCAUCCUUGUGUGUCAUUCCCGCACAUCCUGGUGUGUCAUACCCACACAUCCUGGCCUCUCAGAGAACUAUGCUUAUUAUCUAGCAGAGUGAUUUGCAUUCAUCAACCCUCCAGUGCUUUCUGGUGGAUCUUACGUGAUAUACUAUUUUGGUAAUGUCUGUUUAGUCUGCUGUGCCUGAUAGGGAAGCCCAGUGUUAAAUUGAUCAAAAUGAAUCUUAAAAGCAGCUUGUGUUGGAUCUCAGAGCUCUUUUGUUGGGGGUGGCUUUAUACAGAAUAAAAAUACUCACUCCAGGGUGUGCUGGGGGAUUUGGGGACAUCAAAAAGCACAAGACACAUCCACACCUCUUUUGCACUCAGACUCUUCAUGCUGUACACUGACCACUCACUACUGACCACUGACUCAGGCUGAUUAGAUGUGGCUCUGGUUUGUGCAAAUCCUUUGAUGCUGCAUCCAAUAAAUCUUCAUCCAAUAAACUGAUGAUCACCCGA